AUGUCAGAAGGAGAACUGCCGAAGUUAUCAGCGAAAGCGGGUUGUCUAGCUAGAGUUAAACGCACACUAGAACUAUCAAUAUUAAUAUCUGAGAAAAAUCCUUACAGUUUACAGUUUUACGAAAACCUGACCACCAUUAGAAAAUUGCGAAUGCGUCAAAUAGCAACUGGCAGCACCAUUAUCCACUGCUUCAGUGACUUCAGGAUAUAUUACGAAAUGUGGAUGGCAGUUAUUUUCUCGAUUUGUUUGAUACAUUUUCCACUACAAGCAUCUUUCGGCGGUAGGGAAGUCUCUAUGCUCCGCAUUUUUAAACUCUGUGUAGACUGUGCAUGUGUUGCCGAUAUAGCUUUAAGGUUUCGAACAGCGUACGUCGAGGAAAAAGAAAAAAGAGUAAUAACAGAUCCCCAACAAAUAGCAAUGAAGUACCUCAGGACGUUUUUUGUACCAGACCUUAUUUCCACGAUACCCGAUCCUUACACUUUUGGCCCUGGGGGUUCAACCAUUUUUCUAGAUAUACUUUCACUGCUGUGUCUUUUUAAAUUAAGUAGGGCAGCAACAACGUACGAGUACCUCCUGAGAAGUGCACAGUAUCUUCGCAUAGAUAAGCCAAUCUGUAGGACACUGUUGACCGCUUUCUUCUUUAUUUUAUUUUGUCAUUGGACGGCUUGUGCCGUCUACCUGUUGCCUCAUUUCCGACGCGCAUUGACCGGACAAAUCGACAAAGAUUCAUGGACCCUGCGGGAACGCAUCUUCGACGAAUCUCUAGAACAACGGUACUUCCACACCCUAUACAAAGCUUCUGCCUACAUACUUGCUAUCAAGCAACAAACAGUCACGGAACAAGCGUUCGAGGAAAAAAUUUUUGCCUGCGUGCUCUACAUCGUCGGGAAGUUAGUCGUUUUCUAUAUCACCGUGAUGGCGGUGGGAAAGUUCUUGAACAUUUGGUCACUCGAGUCGAAAUAUUACGAAGUUGUCGAAGAACUGGAAGGUUUCAUGAGACGGAAACAGUUAUCUACGGCGACCAGAAAUAGGCUCCUCCAGUACUACAAUUAUAAGUUUCGCAGAACGUACUUCGAAGAGCACACCAUCAAGAGCAUCCUCUCAGAGCGUCUUCGCCAACAGAUCAACCAGAACAUCAUGCAAAAGUUCAUCGGUAACGUGGAAAUUUUCAACUGCAUUCCGCAAGAGACGAUGAACCGCAUCAUCAACCACCUCCACCUGGAGGUGUUCCUGCCGCACGAUCUCAUCAUCAAAGCCGGCACGGUAGGGGAGGCUAUGUACUUCCUCGGAUCGGGAACCGUAGCUGUCUACACCCCUUCAGGCAAAGAAGUCUGCCACUUACAAGACGGGGCACAUUUCGGUGAAAUUGCCCUACUCAAAAAAGAGCAAAAAAGGACUGCGCACGUGUUCGCUGUAGAAAUUUGUGAAGUGUAUAAACUCGAUAAGAGAUCUUUUAAUAGUUACUUGCGGCCAGUUAAGGAGUUGAUGGAUCAGAUGCUACAAGAGGCGAAUCUGAGGAUCGAGAUGACGAAAGACUUCGAAGACAUCCACAUCAGGGACUAUAAGUUUUAG